UUUUAACUUGUGGAAUUUUAUAUUUUGAAGUGUUUAUUUGUAUUUUUAAAUAAAAAAAAAACAAAAAUGACCGCAAAUAAUAUUAACGCCUUGGUCGGAGCCACCACCCGUUACAUUGCUGGACGUAACGCUGUCCAAACUGUAUACUGGAGAUGUAAGGAAUCCGGCAAGAUGUACAAAUACAACAAAACCUUCGAAUUCGACAAGAGUCAAAAAUUGCCACCACAAAAUAUUCGAUUGACAAACUACACCACAAAUUUCAGAAGUCCCGGCCUUACCAGGAAGUGAUUGAAAUUAAGAACUUAACUGAAAUAGAAAACCAGUGUCCUUAAAUUUAUUUUUUAAGUUGUUGUAUAUAAAUAAUGUAGUUAAUAAGAGAUUAGCAAACAAAAGAAAUGUUAACAAUAUUUGUGAUAAAUUAAG